CUUCUCCGGUUCUUUGCAAAAGCGACUUAAGUCCUCCGUGGGUCCAAGCGCCACGGGGGCUAUAGGUGGUUCUCGCUUGCAGAGUAAAAGCAAACCGUACAAUCUUCCUGAAGUAAACUGAGACCAGAAGGGCCAUUCUUGACCAGAAAGGCCCAUCCUUGGUCUUUGAAGAGAGACCAAGAUGAAGCAACAGUUCAGAAUGUUCUUCAAGGGAGAGAACUUGGCUUAUACAUUGGUGGUAAUUUCCUUCCUGACAUCAAGGCUGUCUGCUGAUCAGAACUGUCUCACCAAGAGUCUAGAGGAUGUUGUCAUUGACAUCCAGUCUUCGCUUUCGAAAGGCAUCAGAGGCAAUGAGCCCAUAUACACGGCAACUCAGGAAGACUGCAUCGGUGCCUGCUGUUCAACACAAGACAUAGCAGGGGACAAGUCAUGUAAUUUGAUGAUCUUCGACACCCGGAAGACAGACAGACAGCCCAACUGCUACCUGUUUUUCUGUCCCAGUGAGGACGCCUGUCCGUUGAAGCCAGCCAAGGGCCUUGUGAGCCACAGGCUCAUCAGAGGUAUGAAAGAUUUUCCACUGACCAGAGAUAAUUCAUCACUCCAAAAGUUAACGCAAGAAGACUCUCUCUCACUUGGCCAUACCUCACCAGGAGUUGCCCCUGGGGUCCCUCCCCCAGCAGGUUACCCAAAGCCCACAGGCCUGUCUUGGAGAGACAUAUCUUCUCCGAAGUCCACAGCCUCCCCACAUUUGCAGAAACACAUCAAGGUUGAUGAAGCAAGCACGCAGCUCCCUUUCUAUGAAGGAAAAGGCCAUUCCCAGAGUUUACAGCUUCCCUCGGAACUAAAAAUGGCUCAUCUGCUCCCUAAAACGGUGCCAACUCCAUCUACUGCAUCUUCCGCCGUAACUGUUCCUCCCCUCCGUAACAUCUCUGCCACCUUGAAGCCUGCACUUCUGUUGGCCAGCAUUUCAGUGACACCUAAGGCUUCAUGGCAGAAUGAAGCCACCACAGCUCCACUUGUAACCACUGUGACCUCGAAGCCCCCAGCAGCCCCCGUGUCUACACGUUUUACACCCAUGAGUACACACCAGGGAGCGUUGACUACCAUCUUUCUGGCACAUACAGAUUCAAAAGGCAUCUUAGAAGUAGUGCCCUUUCCAGAAGGGUCUACGCUAACUUCAGACACAAAGCAUGAGAAGAGCUCUGUGGUCGUUUCUUUGUCAACCUCAGAGUCUUCCAUUACAAACAAGACUGCUUCCUGGGAGAACCCAAGGGGCAGUGUAGGUAGUGCAUCACUGAAAAAGGGUCCAAAAAGCCAGCAUGGCCUUUCAUUUGAGAAGUGGCUUCUCAUUGGGACCCUCCUCUUCGGUGUUUUGUUUCUGGUAAUAGGCCUCGUCCUCUUGGGUAGGCUGCUGGUUGAAUCCCUCCGUAGGAAACGGUAUUCAAGACUUGACUACCUGAUCAAUGGAAUCUACGUUGACAUCUAAAGACAAAUCAGGUGUCUCUUAGUUCAUGUAAGAGCUCGUGGCCAGAUGCGCCUGUGUUUCUUCUGCCCAACCUGUCUCAGCAGGAACUAUAUCUUGAAGAAUAGCCGCCCCCCACCCUUCCUUCUUCUUUUCCUUUUUGAAACAGGCUCAGGUAGCCCAGACUGGUUUUGAACUCCUGAUCUUCCUGCCUCUGCCUCCUGAGGCAGUUGCAGAUUUCACUACCAUGUCUGGAUUUUUUUUUCCAUAUUAGGACAUUUUGUUUUAAUGGAUCUGACAUCUUAAUCAAUCUGAGGACUGUUCGAAAACAAUUUUAAUUGCUAUUGAUUACAGAGAUAAAAUGGUAUAUGUUUUAGUUAGGUUUUCUAUUGCUGCAAUAAAACACUAUGAUCAACAGAAAAGGCAGCUAGGAAAUGCUCAGGAAGCACUGGCUGCCUGAGGCAACCAAGGGUCAGGCCUGUUGUAAUCCGUCCUGUCCCAGAUGGAGACUAUGGUCCCUUGCAGGCUUCUGGACUGAAGUAGCACUGGCUGCUGGUGAGGGUGGACUCUGCCUCUUCCCAGGCUUCCUGGUUUGUCAAAGCUGCUUCUUUACUGGCCUGGGAGGAAAGUUCCACCACCUGGCUGACAAGUCUGCAAGCUCCAGGUCUUUCUCAGCGACCAAGCCCUUCAGUUCCUUCAGCCAACAAUUCAGCUGUGCACUGGCUCCAGGCUGCUGUGUGCUGGCUCCUUGCACUUGUGCACUGGCUUCUGGGGAGUAGAUGCUCAUAUCAUCCAGGAGCUGCAGGGUGGUCCUCAGGACUGGCUGCAGAUCAUCUAGGAGCUUCUGCCCACUUCCUUCCAUGUGGACAGCCUGUAUGGGCAGCUCGUGUCGCGUGCUGUCCAGGGCUCUGCCCAGUGUCUUGUAUUCCUCUUUGAAGUGCUCUAACACAGGCUGAAGAGGGCUCAGCGCCUCAAUCUGGGCAUCAAGGGCAGUGGCCAGCUCCUGCUGUUUCUGUCGGAGAAGCAGCUGUCGUCGCAGCUCCAGUGCCUGCCUCUGCAGCCUCUCCUUCUCAUGGCACAUGGCUGCCAAGUCCUUCUCCGCCUUCUCCUCCAGCACAGCCAGGUUGUCCAUGUCUGGAUUUUUAAUUUAAAAAAAAAAAACUUUAAAAUUUUUUUUUCCAAUACUACAGGUCAGGGCCUUCUGCAUG